UAAUUUAGUCUGACGUCAUCAGCCGGUGCUGCCGGUGGGUAUGAGGAGGGGCCGCCUGCAAAGGAAAACUCAGCAGAAAAUAUUAGUAAAUCCACGAGCUCGGGACCGACUUUCCACGGGAUAGUGUAGCUGUAGACAUCGCAAGAUGCCACAGGAAGAACCACCCAAAGCGGGCACGCCUGGGGCCGAUCAAGCCCGGACAAGGUCCAUGUCCACAUCUGGAGAGUCUUUAUAUGUAGUGCUGGGCCUGAAGAAAGAUGCCACACCAGAUGAGAUCAAGAGAGCCUACAGAAAACUUGCGCUGAAAUUCCACCCUGACAAGAACCCUGAUAAUCCGGAGGCCACCGAAAAAUUCAAGGAAAUCAACAGAGCACACAGCAUCCUGAGUGACGAGACAAAGAAGAACAUCUAUGACGAGUAUGGAUCUUUUGGUCUGUACGUGGCAGAACAGUUCGGAGAAGAAAACGUCAACACGUACUUCAUCCUGACCAGCGGCUGGUGUAAAGCGCUGUUUGUGUUCUGCGGCAUCAUUACCGGCUGCUACCUCUGUUGCUGCUUCUGCUGCUGCUGUAACUUCUGCUGUGGGAAGUGCAAACCCCGGCCGGAGGAAGACGAGGAGUUUGUAAACCUCAACCCGGAGGAUUUACAGGUGGAUGAGGAGGACUCGCCCGUCACGUCUCAACCUCAGGCCUCGGCCGCGAUGCCCAUGCCGGCGCCGGCACCGUCAGAAACGACAAAGUUAGACACAGCAGACCACCCGUCAUAUACAGAGGAGAAGAACUUGUAGGGAUCCAUAGUUAAUAUUUGUCUCCUAGGUGUCUGGAACAGUCUCAUGUGACACGGGCUUUACCAUGGCAAAUAAGACAAGAAUAACUAUAACAUUUAUGUCAAGAGGUUUACAAUACCUAAUUUACCAGCCCAUGGAGGUAACUCCAACAGAACUUGACCUCUUUCAUGUUAGUGGUUUGGACUAUUAGCUCUAAAAUUCUUAACAGAAAGUAUGACAAACAGGAAAAGAAAUUCUACAGAUUUUUACUGAUUUUACUUGAUUUUAAAUUGCAGCACCAUAUAUUGAGGUACAAAAGUCAGUGGAAUAUUGCUGGGUCAUGUCUAAAUUUUUCAUCAGAAACAAAUUCCUCAAUCAAGACCAGCAUUCCUACUGUCGAUGGUAACAGGGUUUUGUUGGCUCAAGUCAGAGGGCAAAUAACCUGGACAUUUCCAACACCGAACCAAUCAUUUGCAAAAUGUCGUACCUGGUUUUGAAAAGCUAAAGCUGUCUGCCAGCAAAAGGUUCUUUCCAUUAAUUUCUUCCUGGUGUAUCGUACCAAGGAUAACGUCCUUGAUCGUACAAUGCUUUCUCUUGAUGGUCCAUGCUGCUGGUGCAUGAUGGGAUACAAUUGACAAAAGCCACUGCCAAAGAUUUUGGCCACACCAGUGUUAAUGUCUUGGCUCUCAAAUUUGCCACUUUGAUUUGGUAAAAGGUUGAAAUAUACCACAUUACACAAAAUAACUGAAAUGAUUGGAUACAUUUUCUGUAGAGUCCAGCAUUUCAGUUUAUAACAUGCGCAAUCUUCCAUCACUGACUGGGAAACUGAGAAUGAGGCUGAAGGCUAUUAUAUUAUUAUGACUGUCUCUGACUUCAUGUAUAAUUAGUUUCUGAACAAAGACAAGUAGGUCCUUUUGGACCACAAGAUUGUCAGCACCACCCAGUCAAUGAGGAAAGAUAGUGUAUACUAUCUAAAAUGUCUGGCUUUUUCAAUACUUAGUUGUUCAGGUUAUUUUGUAUAGUAGAGCAUUUUGCCAGGCUGUCUAACCUUCAUUUAGUCAACCCCAUAAUGCUCAUAUUUUUGUUUGUUUGUAUUGCAUAUUUGAUAAACCGCCUCAUUGCAUAGCAAACUGGAUUUGUACUAAAGCUGCAUUUCUGAUUGAUGCACCAAAAGACAUUUUAACCAGCCUUGUGUUGCCCCUGUGGUAUCAUUUGGAUCGGUCACGAAUACAAUGUACAUGUUUCAUUUUUUGCCCACCUACUCCAUUCUUUUGCAAAAACUUGCAGACCAAGAAAUGAAAUUGGUGUGGGCUCAUUAUCAAGUAACAAUCAUCUGUCACAUGAGACUGAAAAUGUUUAAAUUAAGAGCUAGGUUUACUUUAAUUUGUUUAUAAAAUUGGUAUAUGAUUUGGCAAGGAACAUUCCAGUCACUUCUAUGAGUUCUAGCUAUUUUCAUUGUCGUUUUAUUUAUACCUGCCCACCUAAGUUACGACAUGUUUUGAAAAGCCAAGUAAGACUUGUUGUUUGAUGUUGUGUAUGUAAAGUUGUUUAAUCUCAGGAGUUUGGUUCCAUAUUGUUGUAUGCUGUAGUGUUGAGCAUGGUGACACACUGUGAGAGAAGCACCUACAGUGUACAUGUGUCACAUGGCAAUCAAGUCUGUAGUCCCUGGAUAUUCUGAGUGCUCAUUCACAAAGUACUUCCAUGGUUGAUAAUGUAUGUCUCAGAUGAUAGUGUACUACUUGCACAAAACUAAAUACUCUAUAGGUGUAACAAACAUUGGUAUUGAUAAGUCAACUCCCAUGAUGGCCCCAAAACUUCACUCCCUGUCUUUGUCUUUAUCCUCUGUUGUUCCUGUCCUGGCCAGAGUUUAAUAGACUUGCUUAAAGUUAAACAGAGAAACAAUGCUGGAAUUAUCCAGGAUCCAAAAUUCACUUCAAACUCUUACUUUUCCCAAGUUGGUGACAGUGAUACCAGUAUGCCCUUUUUCUGCCUCAGAAUAGCAAGCAUUUCGUCAAUUCAAACUUUGAGGCUUAAGUUAUUAUUCAAAUGAUAAUGGUUUUAGAUGCUGCUUCUACAUAAUAUGUAAUUAUACUAUGAAUUUAAUGCUGUAUUUUGGUUGUUAUGGACGGUGUAAAGUUCUGGGUGCAUGUGGAAGUGUUUGCUCAUCAAACCCUGAAAGUGGCUUUGUAGCCACAAAAGAUGUACAUGUAUCUGUACUGUACAUAGCACCAUAUAUAGUAUUCUCACUAAAAACUCCCACGUACAAAAUGUAGGAUGCUGCAGAACAAUGACAUGUAAAUACAUCUGUACAACGCUAGUCUCUAAUAUUAUCGAAGUGAAAACUAUAAUGGUGUAGGUUGAUAUAAAUAUGCAACCAUGUGUAUCAGGAUAUGUAGGACAGAGAAGUCUAUGUACGCCAGAUUCACAAGUAGUAAUGUUUAGAAUAGAAUUGUGUCAUGUUCUAUCAAAUGGGAUUUGUAAGCCAUUGUUGUUUUGUAUCCCAUUGUAACAAUAGAUGUCACCAAAUGCUUGCUGAGGUAGCCAUCUUGGUUAGUAAAUGUCAAAGGCUAACAGUGCAACAUGAGAUGAAUGCAAGCAAGAAAAUUCAAGAAAACUCAAGUAUUUGCUAAUAUUUUCUAGACUUUGUCAAGCUAUGUAGACAUUAUAGUAGUUAUUGUUGGGAGAAUUGGCAUCCAUCCCAGUAUGAGGUGCACUGUUGAUAUGUGGUGUAUAAUGGACAGGGUCAGUAACACAGAGAAAGAAAACUGAGCUGCUUUCGUUUGGUCAUGUACAAAGAUAGUGUCCACAUCAUGUUUUUCUGGUAGUCAUGUUACAACAUGUUUGUCCACAAUACAAAUACUUUAUUUGCUUACAGAAUUAGUAUAAUGAUAUGGCAACAGUCUGCAAAUUAGACUCCUGGAAAACAUCAAUGGCACAAGUACAUGUAUGGCUUAGGGAUGUAGGGAUGAAGUCAAUUCCUAUAAACUAGUAUUCUGUACGUUAUACAAGAAAUCUGCAUGCCAGAAGUGUGGGCUGGUUUCAAUAUUUACUUCUACAUCCCAUAGGCUGUCAUUUCAUGUCUACUGGUGCAGUAAUAUACGUGAAAGGCUAUUUUACACAUAACAGACCGUUACAUGCAUUGCAUAGCUAAUAUCAGCUCUUUUUUAGACUUAAGAAUUGUGAUGUAUUAAAAAUCUUGAUUCAUGUGUACACCUUACAUCUGUGUUUGUUGGAUACCAGAUGCCAGUUUUGGUUUAUGAUACCAGGUGCAGACAUUUUUAUAUUUAAACAUGUGCCAUUAUUCUUUGUCACUGAACAUAAAGCAACUAUUGUUAUUAUGUUAAGAUAUUUCUGUUACGUUAGGUAAAUGGUUUUGCUGCUUAAUUUAUUGUGGUUGAAGAAUUAUUACACAUAUUUAUUAUUUUGAAUAUAAGAUGACCUCUGCAGAAAGGUAGUUUAACUUGAACUGUAUUUUGUAUUUUCUUUUUUGAUUUCAACAUCACAACUUUUAUAUCAAUCUAUGGAUUCAAUAGAUUGACUUUUUGAGACAUGUAGUUUGUUCAUAGCUGUUUUUGCAAAGCAUGGUUUUGUAUUCUUCUAAAAUGUUAACUUAUGACAGCCAUCUGUUAGGCCCACUGUGGGAGGGCAUGUCAAUUGUCACUGUUUUCCCUGAUGAAUACCAGUUAGAACAUACAUGGAAAUGACACAAGGGAAGCAUGGCUAUACUUUUCAUGUCAAAACCACCAUACAUCAAUCAUGACUCUUAAGUUAAAGAUGUGAAAUCUUGUACAUCCUUAGUGCCAUUCAAGGUCCAUCAAAUUGAAGAAAUAGUAGGUAAAUAUGAAUAGCAGCAUUAAUAGCAACAGCUGACACUGCGCUGGUAUGGGAGGUUGGGACAUGAUGUAACAAACACCCUGGUCACACCAGCCCUUAGUCCACCUGGUCUCACCAGCCCUUAGUCCACCUGGUCACACCAGCCCUUAGUCCACCUGGUCACACCAGCCCUUAGUCCACCUGGUCACACCAGCCCAUAGUUAACCUGUGAAGAAUGAGACAUGAAAACACCUGGGAUGCUACUAUCUCCAGUCCACUGGUGGCAGCAUGCCUGUCCUUAUAGAUAUUACUUACUAGAGUUGACAUGAACGCAACCUCAAGUGACAUGAUAUAUAAUUACACCAGAAGAAACUGAUUUUAUCUUGAAGAGAACCAGAUAAGAUUGAAUCUUAGGCAGCUUGAUAUAUAUAUACAUAUAUGUGUGUGUGUGUGUGUGGCAAAUGUUUGAUGUUUACUUGGUGUACGAGCUUGUACAUUGUGAGACGUGUGUUUUUCGGGUAUGCCAUAUAUUAGAAGUGCAAACCCCUAUUUGCUUACAAUUGUAGUUCUUGAGAUGUACGAUUACCUUGGUCAGGAGUAUAUUAUGUAGGAUGUAAGUCAAACUGUAAUAUAAACAUGUAGGCUAAAUUAUUGUAGGGUUUUCUCUGUACUUUCUCCAAAUCUAGAAUGUCUACAUUGUCCAAGAAAAUAAAAUCAUAAGUCUUUUA